AUGUUGUUCUCAGCUUUGGCGAGCAUUGGGGCUACCUUCCUGGGUGUCGUUCUUUUCUUGACUGGAAGUCUGACAGGAUGUUUGGAUUCUAUUGGCUUCGGCCAGAGUAAAUCGGUCGUGACCCUUCUUUUGCCCGGGUUUCACGGCAGACAGCUUGAAGCAGGUCUCAUUGGCUCGGUCGGCGAGACUGCGACGUAUAUGGUCACUUGCCCUACCUCACGAAGCACGCCGUGCGGCAUUCCUGGCAAGGGCUUGGAAGUGACCGCCGCCCCAACUGCCGCUUCGAUUGUGAAUGUCGACGAAUCAGGAUACACGGCCACCGUCUCCUGCCAAGUUGCGGGGACAACAUCUGCAUCGUGUCGGGCCGCGCACGGAACGGUGGAGGUGCAGGGCACGUUGGCUCCAAAAGAUCUGAACUGGAUGUCAGUGACAAUCACAGGCUCAUAUACUCCCACCCCCACUCCUUCAAAUAAGCCUCCCGCUCUUCAUGUACAAGGAGUUUAG